AUGCGUCUACUCUGGUUGACUCCCUUAUUCCUGGUUUCCGUAGAUGCUACUUAUAUCGGUGUUGCUGGGGAAUUGAUAUGUCCUAAUCCAUACGACAAUAUCGCUUCCAUUUUUCUGAUGGAAAGAGAUUUUGGAAGAACAAUUUUUGAUUCUAUUGAUGACGACGACGUGUUAGAUUAUAAAGAGAUCGAGCUGAACAAACCAUUCGAGAUCGGCGGCUCUGAAACUGAAAUAUUUGGACUUGAACCAUACAUUUACUUGAGAUAUAGAUGCCUGGAGGAUUAUAAAGAGGAAGUCAUAAAUCUUGGCGACACUCAGUUCAGGGAUCGUGUGUUUCACCUUCGUAAAAAUCUCAUAAGCGGGAAGACAAUUUUGACUUGA